AUGGCCAUUUUACAGGAGCAAGGCUGGACGUUCUCACUGCCCUUCUCCUCCUUUUCAGAUUACAGUCAGGACGAGAAGGCCUUGCUUGGGGCAUGUGACUGCACCCAGAUUGUGAAACCCAGCGGGGUCCACCUCAAGCUGGUUCUGAGGUUCUCAGACUUCGGGAAGGCCAUGUUCAAACCCAUGAGACAGCAGCGAGAUGAAGAGACACCCGCGGACUUCUUCUACUUCAUCGACUUUCAGAGACACAAUGCCGAGAUCGCAGCUUUCCACCUGGACAGGAUUCUGGACUUCCGACGGGUGCCACCCACAGUGGGGAGGCUAGUCAAUGUCACCAAGGAAAUCCUAGAGGUCACCAAGAAUGAAAUCCUGCAGAGUGUUUUCUUCGUCUCUCCAGCCAGCAACGUGUGUUUCUUUGCCAAGUGCCCAUACAUGUGCAAGACCGAAUACGCCGUGUGUGGCAACCCGCACCUGCUGGAAGGCUCCCUCUCCGCGUUCCUGCCUUCUCUCAACCUGGCCCCCAGGCUGUCGGUGCCCAACCCCUGGAUCCGCUCCUACUCGCUGGCAGGGAAAGAGGAGUGGGAGGUCAAUCCGCUUUACUGCGACACCGUGAAGCAGAUCUACCCAUACAACAGUAGCAGCCGUCUCCUCAACAUCAUCGACAUGGCCAUCUUCGACUUCCUGAUAGGAAAUAUGGACCGGCAUCAUUAUGAGAUGUUCACCAAAUUUGGGGACGAUGGGUUCCUCAUUCACCUUGACAAUGCCAGAGGGUUUGGACGACACUCCCAGGACGAACUCUCCAUCCUGUCGCCGCUGUCCCAGUGUUGCAGGAUAAAAAAGAAAACGCUUUUGCACCUGCAGCUGCUGGCCCGGGCCGACUACAGACUCAGUGACGUGAUGCGGGAGUCUUUGCUAGAAGACCAGCUCAGCCCCAUCCUCACCGAGCCCCACCUCCUGGCCCUGGACCGGAGACUCCAAAUUAUCCUACAGACAGUGGAGGGGUGCGUGGAGGCCCACGGAGAGCAGAGUGUCAUAGCCACCGACCCAGCAGAACAGUCCGCCCCAGACUCUAGCCAGGCUAACCUUGACAAGCUAAGGGCUGGAUGAAGCCAGAUUUCAGGAACUACCCCUGGAGCCAGAGGUGGACUUGGGAGCGGACCACUGCUUCCUCGCAUCCCCGUCAAGGCUGGAGGGGCUGGGUCAUGAGCUCUGAAAGAGGUAGGGCACUGGGAUGAUUCCACAAGAGCAAAAGAGAAGGGAUCCACUGAACUUUCUUCCUUGGUGCACGGCUUCUCUAGUGGACCUCCUUGGCCCCGCCCUUCCCAGAAAGCACUGCUUCAGCAAGGCCACAGACCAUCUCCUGAGCCCACUGGGAAAUCUGGAUUAGGAGUCGGGCUUGGAAGGUUUGGGAGCCUUGUCCCAGGAAAGAGUAGAACAAAUAAAAUUAAAGGACACCAAUGGACACCUAGCUGA